AUGGCAGGAGGUGGCCCCGCUCCCCUUCACCGGCCCUGCGGUGAAGGCGGUCUCGGCGGCGGCGGAGCAGAGCGGGAGCGCGGCGGGGGGCGCCUUCCCCGCGUCCUGGAGAGCGGGCCUGCUGCCGCCGGCCGUGGACAGACGGCGCUGGUACCGGAGCGUCCCGGUGAUAGCCCGCUGGAGCCGAGCGCUGGACGGGGCUGCUGUGUAAAACUUCUGUUGCAUGGUCUUUGCUCCAACACCACAGUCAAAUCUUUGGAUUUGAAGGGAAAUAACCUGCGAACCAUGGGAGCUGAGGCUUUGGGAAAACUUCUUAGGCAGAACAAAUCCAUCAGGAGCCUAAUCUUGGAAUGGAACAGCCUUGGCAUGUGGGAGGAAGGCUUCUCCUUUUUCUGCCAAGGACUGGGAGCAAACAACUUUCUCCAGCGGCUAGAUCUGCGCAAUAACCAGAUCAACCAUCAAGGGGCCGGAGAGCUGGCCACGGCACUGAAACAAAAUGCCAGCCUUCAGGAGCUGGAUUUGCGUUGGAAUAAUAUUGGGCUUCUGGGUGGCCGAGCUUUGCUGAACUGCCUGCACAGCAACAAGACCUUAAAGAGGCUGGAGCUGGCUGGGAACAAUGUUCCUAGUGACAUCCUGAAAGCUGUGGAACAAGCCAUGGAUCACAACAGAGACCGUCAGACUAUCUUGAGUGAGACCCAGAACCGAACGUACAUACUCAGCAAGGAGGUUUUGAGUCUGAAGGAUGAGAAGACCAAGCAGUUCUUGGAUUUGAUGGACACUAUAGACAAGCAGAGAGAAGAAAUAGCCAGGAGUGGCAGGAUGUCUGCAGCACGAGUCAGCCAGCUGCAGGAAGCAUUGGAUGAGCAGCACUCUAUUAUGAAUUCACUGAAAGCCAAACUCCAGAUGACUGAAGCUGCCCUGGCUCUGUCUGAGCAGAAGGUGCACAAUUUGGGAGAGCUACUGAAUGCCACAAAACAAGAACAAACCAGUAUAACUGAGCGCCACUUUACGGAGCUCCAGCAACAAAAGCAGGAAGGUGCUGAUCGGGAAGGCAAGCUUUUGCGUGACUUGUCUGCCGCGAGUGAGAAAAACUUGCUUCUAAGAAACCAGGUAGGAAAGCAAAUCCUAGGCUGAGAAACAGGACUUGGGCUUGAAAAGAAGCAGGAUCAGCUAUUCCAGGUAAAACAAGACUUGACCAACACAACAGCAGAGCUGAAGCUGCGGGCUGUGCAGGCUGAGGAACGCCUAGAAAUGGAGAAGAGAAGAUUUAAACAAAGCCUUGAAGACAUGGAAUCCCUUCGGUUAAAAGAGGUGGAUCAUAUGGCACAGCACAUUGAGAACAGUGAACGUUCCAUGCAGGACAGGAUCCAGAGGCUGGAGGCCAUCAGGAUAGCUCUGGAGGAGGAGUUGAGCCAAGUCAAAGCGGCUGCACUCACUGAGCGAGGACAGGCAGAGGAGGAGUUAAUAAAAGUCCGGAAUCAGGCUCGGUUGGAGGAGCAGCAACGACUAGAACACCUAGAAGAGAAGCUGCGGUUGAUGACUGAAUCACGGGAUGAAGCUCAGAACUGCUGCCUCAAUCAGAAGCAAAUGGUUGCUGAGGCCCAAGCCAAAGCCAAUCAGUUGAGCCUGCAUGCUGAUGGACUCAGAAGGCGGUUAGAGGAACUUCAGCAGGACCUGAACAGUAAAGAAGAGGAGAAAGUCACAGAGGUGAAUAAAAUGAAAGUGGCAUUACAGGAGCAGAUUGGACACCUGCAGGCUGAACGCACAGCACAGGAAGGGCUGAGGGAGAAGAUUGCAGCCCUGGAGAGACAGCUGAAAGCUCUGUCAAGUAAUCACCGUGAGGCACUGCUGGACAAAGAAGGUGAAAUCUCUAUGCUGCUGGAGAAACUGAGAGUAAAAGAGGCUGACAUCUCCAGGAUGAGGGAAGAAGAGGCCCAGCGAGCAAGCUUCUUGCAGAAUGCCAUCAUGGCAUAUGUGCAGGGCUCCCCCUUGGGAACCCACGGUUCUAGGAAAUGAGAGCGUGGCUUAAAGAAUCCAGAUACCUGCUGGCAGGAAGAGGAUGAGCAACUCAGGUACAGCCCC